AGCAGCCCUAGAAAAGGCAAAAAGACAAAAAAAAAAAAAGUUACUUCAAGGAGAAAAAAAGAUGUCAAAUGAGGAGAAUAGCAUCUAUCGAAUAAGAAGAAUAGCAUCUAUCUGGAAUUCCCAUAGUGGCGCAGCAGAAACAAAUCCGAUUAGGAACCAUGAGGUUGCACUUUCGAUCCCUGGCCUCGCUCAGUGGGUUGAGGACCCGGCAUUGCUGUGAGCUGUGGUAUAGGUCGCAGAGGCGGCUCGUAUCUGGUUGCUGUGGCUCUGGUGUGGGUGGAAAAAAAUUAAAAAGAAUAGCAUCUAUCACUAGGCCUUGUGGGGAUUCAUUGAAUGAGAUAUUCCAAACAGAGCCACGACACACAAAUUACUCCAGAAAUGAAAUAUCAGUACUAUGGUCCCUAUGGGGGGUGCCCUACAAGCGGGCAGAGCUCUGCUGGCAGACUCAGCAUCAGACUCCCAGGGAAAAGCUCUUUGAAGCUCCACAGGCAUUUGUGGAACUGACUGUAAAGUUCACUUAAAUACUUAGGACGAUUUAGAAGUUUUUUUCCCUUCCAGUCUAUUGUGAUGUUCUGGCUUCUAAGAAACCAUUUUCACUCUCUGAAACCUUUUGAACACAUGCAGAUCACGUUUUAAAAGGGCUAGAAAUUAAUCUACCACCAAAUGGAAUUUUUCCCACGGCGUUAGCAACGUCCUUUUUUCCAGCCCUCACUUCCUCAGAGCAGCGUCACUUUACCCGCAUUUGGUGCCGGACGCCCUCCUUUUAUAACAACGUGAUGACAUCCCCUCACGUCGCGCUUGCGCAGACAUGGCGGUGUGACCACGCCCAGGCCGCGCUGAAACCUAACAUCCACAGGGUCUCUGGUGCCUUCCGGAAAGGUCAGUGCGGGGUUCGGAGAGUGAGGUUCCACUGCAGAGUAUCACAAAGAUUAAUGUUACUUCAACAAAUGGAGAAUAAACUUGGAGAUCAAAAUAAGGAAAAGGCAUCUCAGAGGCAAGCAGCUGAGAAUGCUUUUAAAAGGAACCUUAGUCUUUUAAAGGAUAUUGAAGCGGCAGAGGAGUCUCUACAGACCCGAAUUCAUGCACUUCCACCACCUGAGGUGGUUUCUCUUGAGACUCUUUACUGGGCAUCAGUAGAAGAAUAUAUUCCCAAAUGGGAACAGUUUCUUUUAGGAAGAGCACCAUAUCCCAUUGGUGUUGAAAAUCAAAUUGAAGCAGAAAAUACCAUUCAAAAUAAAGCAGCAAUAGCUUCUUCGCACACUGUUUCAAAAAACCUGUCUAGUAAAGCUGAGCAUUAAAGAAUGUGCAGGUCGCCACAGGAACUUUAGGAAUCAAAUAUGUUCACAUGGUCUCAUUACCUUUCCACAGCAAGGAAGAUUUGAGAAUCCACUGGCAACUUUCAGCUUGUCACUUAGAGACUUAGAAACUUAUUUCAAUGUCAUGGCUUUCCACCAAAUCCAUGGUAGUAUUAAAAACUGUGAUUGAAAGGUGGAAUGUUGAUUAAAUAAAUUGCUAGGUAA